AUGGCGGCUGGGCUCCUGCCCCUGCUCCCGCUGCUGCUGCUGCUGCCGGGCCGGGGGCCGCCGGGGGCCCUGGGCAACCGGCACGCCGUGCACUGGAACAGCUCCAACCCGCACCUGCGGCGGGAGGGCUACACAGUGCAGGUGAACGUCAACGACUACCUGGACAUCUACUGCCCGCACUACAACGCUUCGGUGCCCGAGCACCGGCUGGAGCAGUACGUGCUGUACAUGGUGAACGCGGAGGGGUAUCGCACCUGCAACACCAGCCAGGGCUUCAAGCGCUGGGAGUGCAACCGGCCCCACGCGCCCCACAGCCCCAUCAAGUUCUCGGAGAAGUUCCAGCGCUACAGCGCCUUCUCACUGGGCUACGAGUUCCGCGCGGGGCAGGAGUACUACUACAUCUCCACACCAACACACAACCACCGCCGGGCCUGCCUGAAGAUGAAGGUGUUUGUCUGCUGCGCCUCCACGUCACACUCCGGGGAGAAGCUGGUGCCCACCCUGCCCCAGUUCACCCUGCGGCCCGAGGUGAAGAUCGAGGACCUGGAAAACUUCAACCCGGAGAUGCCGAAGCUGGAGAAGAGCAUCAGCGGCACCAGCCCCAAGCGGGAACACUUGCCCCUGGCCGUGGCCGCCGCGCUCUUCCUCAUGACCCUGUUGGCCUCGUAGCUCCCGGCGCCCGUGGGGGCCCGGCCAG